AUGUCACCAGAUGGUGCAAGAUUCAUGAAAGAAGAAAUUCAAAACAGUCUUGCUUGUUCUAAGGAUCCAAGUGAGAUCACACUUAAAAAGCAUCUAGCUGAAGGGAAAGAUGUUAUUAUCCUCAAUGUUUGGAGACCCCUUUGUGUGGUGGAAGACAAUCCUCUUGGCCUUUGUAAAUGGAAGUCACCAUCAGAAGAAGAAUGUCCCAAUUGGGGAACAACUCCAACAAAUCCUUCAAAUGCAAUCCAAGCUUGGAGGUACAUGGAAGAUCAAGAGUGGUUCUACUUAAGCAAGCAGAAGCCUGAUGAAGUUUAUGUAUUCUUACAGCAUGACAGCAGGGCAGAAGACAAGCAUGGAAUCAAUGUUCCACAUGCUUCAUUCAUGCUAGAAGAUGAUCACAGAAAGCUUCCUACAAGAAGUAGCUUUGAGUGUAGAGUGAUUGCAAUUGUGGAAUCCUGA